AUGGUUUCUGGCUUCCGGCUCAUGUUGCCAUGCACAUGCUGUAUGCCGCAUUCGGUAAACUUUGUUGUAUGCUUUAUGCCCGCACUCAUAUGCUCUUCUCUUCAGCCCGAUACACAAAAAAGGGCAUUUGCACAUCCUUCAAAACAGAUGAAAAGCAUCGAGGAAACCUAUCAGAAAAAAACGCCGGUCGAGCACAUCCUGUUGCGACCAGACACAUACAUUGGAUCUGUGGAGAAGGAGACCCAGCAGAUGUAUGUGUGGGAUGAUAGCAGCAAGUCGAUGGCUCUGAAGACGAUUGAGUAUGUUCCUGGGCUGUACAAGAUAUUUGACGAGAUAAUAGUGAAUGCAGCCGACAACAAAAUCAGAGAUCCCAGGAUGAACACAAUCAAGGUCACGAUCGAUGUGGAGGAAAACACAAUAUCUGUGUAUAACAAUGGAAAAGGCAUUCCCAUAAGGAUCCACAAGGAGGAGAAUGUGUAUGUGCCCGAGCUGAUAUUUGGAAAUCUCCUGACGUCCUCGAACUACAAUGAUGAUGAAAAGAAGGUAACGGGGGGAAGAAAUGGAUAUGGGGCAAAGCUGUGCAAUAUAUUCAGCAAGGAGUUUAUUGUUGAGACUUCUGAUGCGGAGGUGAAGAAGUACUACAGGCAAGUGUACAGAAACAACAUGGGAGUGAAGGAAGAGCCUGAAAUAAGCAGGUACACAAGCGGGGACUUUACGAAGAUCACAUUCAAACCCGACCUGAAGCGGUUCAAGAUGGAUAGGCUGGAUGACGGCAUGGUCAGCUUGCUUAAGAAGAGGGUGUAUGAUCUGGGAGGAAUUGUGAAGAAUGUGAGCAUCUUCCUGAACGAGGAGAAGAUUGAUGUCAAGGGAUUCAAAUCGUAUGUGAAGCUGUAUCUGCCGCCAGAUGCCGAUGUGGUACACCAGGUGAUCAACGACCGCUGGGAGUUGGCGUUUACCACAAGCGAAGACCAGUUUCAGCAGGUUUCGUUUGUGAAUGGAAUAUGCACGACGAAGGGAGGAAGCCAUGUGAACCAUGUUGUUGAAAGACUUGUGGAGCCGAUUAUCGAGAGCAUUCUGAAGAAGGAGAAGGGUCUUGUUAUUAAGCCGUUUUUGGUGAAGUCGUCGAUGUUUUUGUUUAUCAACUGCCUUAUUGAGAAUCCGGCGUUUGAUUCGCAGACGAAGGAGAACCUUACUCUGAGGGUUGGUGCAUUUGGAUCUAAAUGCGAGCCGAUGUCUGAGUUUGUGAAGAGUAUCAUGAGGGGCACUGGUAUUCUGGAGAGGAUCACGUCGUUUGCAAGGGCCAAGCAGAGCCAGCAGCUGAAGAAGAGCGAUGGAACGAAGACAUCGAGGCUUUCGGGGAUUCCAAAGCUUGAGGAUGCGAAUCUUGCAGGGACGAACAGGUCGAAGGAAUGCACGCUGAUUUUGACCGAAGGAGACUCGGCAAAGACAUUGGCUGUUGCAGGGCUGGGCAUUGUUGGGAGAGACAUAUACGGGGUGUUUCCAUUGAGAGGAAAGAUGUUGAAUGUGCGAGAGGCAUCACACAGGCAGAUAAUGGAGAAUGCGGAGAUCUCAAGCAUAAAGAAGAUUCUUGGGCUGCAGCACAACAAGGUGUAUGAGGAUGUGAGCAGCCUGAGGUAUGGGCAUGUCAUGAUAAUGACGGAUCAGGACCAUGACGGAAGCCACAUCAAAGGGCUUAUAAUCAACUUUAUGGACCACUUCUAUCCAUCGUUGCUAAAGAUCUCUGGGUUUCUGCUUGAGUUUAUUACGCCGAUUAUCCGAGCAAGCAAGAGAGGAGUAGUGAGGGAUUUUUUUACGUUGCCGGAGUAUGAGGAGUUUAAGAGGGUUGAGGAAGGAUGGGAUGUGAAGUAUUACAAAGGGCUCGGAACCUCGACGAGUGCGGAUGCAAAGCAGUAUUUUAGCAACUUGUCUGUGCAUGUGAAGUCGUUUAUGCCUCUUGUUGACGAUGAUAAAGAAUCGAUUGACUUAGCAUUUAACAAGAAGAAGGCGGAUGCAAGGAAGGCAUGGCUGUUUAAUUAUGCGCCUGGCACGUUUCUUGACCAAUCGAAGAUACAGAUAUCGAUAUCUGAUUUUGUGAACAGAGAGCUGAUUCUGUUUUCGAUGGCAGACAAUGUAAGAUCGAUACCAAGUGUUGUUGAUGGGCUCAAGCCUGGCCAGAGGAAGGUGAUUUUCAGUUGCUUCAAGAGGAAGCUGCGGAGUGAGAUCAAGGUUGCACAGCUUGUGGGGUAUGUUUCUGAGCAGUCGGCAUACCACCACGGGGAGCAGUCGUUAUGCUCGACGAUAGUGAAUCUUGCACAGGACUUUGUGGGAUCAAACAACAUCAAUUUGCUUUUGCCGAUAGGGCAGUUUGGAAGCAGGCUGCAGGGAGGAAAGGAUGCAGCAAGUGCAAGGUAUAUAUUUACGUCGCUGUCGCCGCUCACGCGCCUGAUAUUCAAUGAGAAUGACGAUGCGAUUCUGAAGUAUCUGAAUGACGACAACUUGCAGAUUGAGCCUGAGUUCUAUGUGCCUAUUAUUCCGAUAGUGUUGGUGAAUGGAGGCGAAGGAAUAGGGACGGGGUGGAGCACGUCGAUUCCGAACUUCAGCCCGAUUGAUAUAGUUGAGAACAUCAGGAGGAUGAUAAGGGGAGAGGAGAUAAGGGAAAUGAUACCGCACUACAGAAACUUCAGGGGAGAUAUUGAGAAGGCAGGGGAUGCAAAGUUUGUAGUAUCUGGGGUGUGUGAGGGGGAUAUGGAUAUGAGGAUUACUGAGCUGCCGGUUGGUGUAUGGACACUGAACUACAAGGAGUAUCUUGAGUCGCUGAUGCAGGCAGGAGUGGUGAAGGACUUUAAGGAGUAUCAUACGGAGAAGAGUGUGCAUUUUGAUGUGAAGAUGGUGAAGCAGAAAGCAAGCAUGAAGCUGAGCAGUACGAUUACAACGAAUAAUAUGGUAUGCUUUGACGAGAACCAGCGGAUUAAAAAGUAUUCUAGCCCGGAGGAGAUUCUGAAGGAGUUUUAUGGAGUACGGCUAAGGCACUAUUUUAUGAGGAAGGAGAGCAUGCUGGAGGCUAUGAAGGAGGAGCUUAUGAGGCUGGAGAACAGAGUGCGAUUUAUCAAGGAGGUUGUUGAAGGGGUGCUGGUUAUCAGUAAGAGGAAGAGGAGCGAAGUGGUUGCAGAUCUUGAUGCGAGAGGAUACCUGAGGAUGGAUGAGUAUGAGUAUUUGCUUGGUAUGACUAUGCUAAGCCUGACCAUGGAGAGGAUAGACAAACUGAAUGAGGAGCACAAAAGAAAGCUUGAUGAAUACGAGAGUCUGAUGAAGAAGACAGAAAAGGAGCUGUGGCUGGAUGAUCUUGAAGUUUUUGAACGAGAGUAUGUGAAGAUGGUUGAGGAGGAGGCAAGGGAGUAUGACAACGAGUUGAAUAAGAGUGCAAGGAAUGGCAAGCCAAGGCCAAGAGCUUCUGUAAAGGCCACGAAGUCGUUUGAAGCAAAGCCUAGGGCAGAUAAGGAUAAGGCGCCUAAGCAGUCCAAGGCGUGUAAGUCAAAAGCAAGUGCCAAGAAGCCGAGCACUUUAUUAUCGACGGGUGUUACCGAAGAGAAAGAAGAGGCAAGACUAAAAAAGUCAGAAAUGCAUGAAACACCAAGAAGAAUGCUGGUGAUGCCAAGCGAGUCUGAAGAAGAUGCUGAAGAGCUGAGCGAUCAAGACAUGCCUUGGAAAAAGUAUGGCGUUAUAUAA